CGAAAAAGCGACAAAACGAGCAACAGCUGUCAUAUUUGCGCCAUUUAUUUCCACUCGGAUUUUUCGUUUACAAAAAAAAAAAUUUAUCAAAAAACAAAAAAUCGUUAAAAAAAACUAAAAAAAUUAACAACUUCUUCGUGUCCAAUAAUAUUAAAUCAAUAAAUUAUAACUUAAACAACACUAAUAUUAUGCUAUAAAUAAAAAAAAUCACACCUACCCAUCGGAGACAACAACACAACAAAAAAAAAAAAAAAAAUGGGUUUAGAUUUUGAUGCACAAGAAUAUUGCAAGAAUAUCAAACAAACCCAACCGAAUCCGCCGUUUGCCUGUCCCGUCGACAAAUGCGACAAAUCCUACAAAUCUGUCGUCGGCUUGCAAUACCAUUUAAUAAAUUACGAUCAUGACAAUCCGCAACAGCCAACAACUCCGAUAGCAGCUCCCAAUAAGAAACGUGGCCGUAAUCGUGUCCAAGCUUCGCCACAAACUCCAAAGGACACUGCUAUCGCUCCAAAAGAAGGUGUAAUCUUUUUGGAAUCAGAGAAUUGCGUUCAAUACAAUAUCGAUGAUAAAAGUAUUAAAGUUUCCGUCGAUGAGCCAUUGCCGAUAAUUACAGAUGAAGAAUUUGAGAAUCUUAUGGCUACGGGUUGUAUUAUUGCGACUCCAGAUAUUGUUGAGCCGAUUGUCAAGCUUCCGGAUGCUACAUUUAAGAAAAUUGAAAAUUAUAGUAUUUCAGAUGCUCCGCCUCGAUCGAAUGCUUAUAUUCGUUUUAUUGAAAAGUCGGCUGAGGAGCUGGAUGGCGAGGUGGAGUAUGACGUGGACGAGGAGGAUACGACGUGGCUGGCGAUGAUCAAUGAAGAGCGAGAGGAGUCUAAUUUGAAUCCAGUGCAUAUUGAUACGCUGGAACUGUUGAUGGAUCGACUCGAAAAGGAGUCUUAUUUUCAGGCUGCAGCCAAUGGAACACCAGGCAUCGAAGUUGAUGACGAUGCAGUUUGUUGCAUUUGCAUGGAUGGCGAAUGUCAAAACACAAACGUGAUUCUUUUCUGCGACAUGUGUAAUCUAGCUGUCCAUCAGGACUGCUAUGGUGUCCCAUACAUUCCGGAGGGUCAAUGGUUGUGUCGGAGAUGUUUGCAAUCUCCCAGUACUCCAGUUCGAUGUGUCCUCUGUCCGAAUACAGGAGGAGCAUUUAAGCAGACAGAUUCGGGUAUGUGGGCGCAUGUAGUUUGUGCGCUAUGGAUACCAGAAGUUCGUUUUGCUAAUACAGUUUUCUUGGAACCCAUUGAUUCAAUUGAAACAAUUCCACAAGCUCGAUGGCGACUCACGUGCUAUGUUUGCAAAGAGAAAGGCAUUGGCGCUUGCAUCCAAUGCCAGCGAAAUAGUUGUUAUGCUGCAUUUCAUGUCACAUGUGCCCAGCAGGCUGGUCUCUAUAUGCACAUGGACACUGUUAAAGAUGGUAGUAAUGAGGCUGUUCCCGUUACGGUACAAAAAUAUGCCUAUUGUCAUGCUCAUACGCCACCCGAUGCCAAGUUGAAAGAAAACGAAGAAGAAGACACACGUCACAAGAUGAAAGAGGCUCGCAAGGUGCUGGCGAAAAAGCGCUCCUCUGCGCCGGUCGUUCUAAUUCCAACUAUUCCACCUGAUCGCAUUCAAGAGAUUUCCAGUCUAGUGACAAUGCAAAAGAAAUCACAGUUUAUUGAGAAGUUAAUUGCUUAUUGGACAUUAAAGAGACAGUAUAGAAAUGGAGUUCCUUUGUUGAGACGCCUUCAAAGCCAAGGGCAGAGUCAUAGUUUAGCAAGGAAUGGUAUUGAAGGUUCUCCAAAUACAGCCGAACUUUAUAAACAACUAAAAUACUGGCAGUGCCUUCGCCAAGAUCUCGAAAGAGCGCGUCUCCUUUGUGAAUUAGUACGCAAACGUGAAAAGCUAAAAGCUCAAUACGUCAAAAUCUGCGAACAAGUUGUUAUGCUGCAAAUUAAUCCUUUAGAAACUGCAAUGCGAAAGAUUCUCGAAACGCUUGAAUCAAAAGACACAUCUGAUAUCUUUAGAGAGCCAGUUGACACAGACGAAGUUCCAGAUUAUCUGGACAUUGUCCAAGAACCCAUGGAUUUGGGUACAAUGCGCCAAAAACUCUACAAUGGCCAAUACACAUCACUGGAUCAAAUGGAGAGUGAUUUUGAUUUGAUGGUCAAAAAUUGUCUGGCUUAUAAUAAUAAAGAUACAGUAUUUUAUCGAGCUGGAAUUCGAAUGAGAGAUCAAGGUGGCCCCUUGUUUCAAAGUACUCGAGAGGAAUUGCAGAGAGAAGGAAUUGUCGACACGAUUAAGAGUGACGAUUGUGUGGCCAUCGAGGUGGAAGAAGAAUUGAAAGUCCUACUCAAGGCGACUCCAACGGAAGAUGUCAUUCAGAAGAUGUUGAUACUGGCUGAUAAAUCACAGGUGCUCAAGAAUCCACAACAUAGAACAAAGAAAAUUAAGCAAAUUCGAGCGGAAAUUGUUCGGAUGAGAAAAGCGAUGGCUAAAGCUAAAGUGGCUUUGAGAAACUCCCUUGGAGCUAAUCAUACUCGAGAAGACUGCGAAGAAAUGAUGGAUGAAGAUGAGCCCGAACUUGAGGGUGCAAAAGGUCAAACGCCGCUUCAAACGCCGCCUAGCAGUCCUCUCAAAUCAGUCACGAAUAGUGCUUCACCUGCCGGAGUUAAUAGAAGAACUGCUGUCCUAUUUACACGGAAGGCUCAAGCUGCAAUGAAACGUCCAGAAAUCUCUUCCCUCAAAGAGGAAUCCAAUGACCUGCCGAUGAUGAUUGAUGGCAUCAAAUCGCCCAAACGAAGCAUAAAGAACAAACGCCUAUCCAACGAUCGCCUACGCAGUAUGUCGAUUAGUCCCGCCAAGAUUACUGCCCCCCGAGAUAACAUGCUGCUAGAAAACAUGCCGGACAGUUUUCGGGUCUACCGGGCGAAUGUGACUGGCGACAAUUCAGAGAGCGACGAAAGCGACCUAAGUGAUAUUUCUGGUAGUCCUUGCAGCAGCUGUUCGGGCUUUGGAAUCAGUGGAUCUGGCUCAGAAUAUGAUUCAUCAUCGGAGGAGGAUGAUGAAGAUGAGGAGAUGGCCAGCGUAAAUGAAUCGGAAUCAAAUUCCCACAGUCACACGAACCACCACCAUCACCUUCCACUAAAUGAUAGCCUGCCACCGUCCAAGAACUCCUCACUCCUGCGUAGAAUUCCCACUCCAGUUCCCCAGGCUCCCAUAGAGCCGGUUAAGCCUCCAUUGGAGCCUUUGCAACUAGUGUGGGCUAAAUGCCGUGGAUAUCCAUGGUAUCCAGCUCUGAUUCUUGAUCCAAAAACUCCCAAAGGCUUUGUGUAUAAUGGUGUUCCGCUGCCGGCUCCCCCCGCCGAGGUUCUAGCGUUGCGUAAAAACCACACCGAAGAGGUGUUUCUUGUUCUCUUUUUUGAUGCGAAGCGAACAUGGCAGUGGCUGCCGGAAGUGAAGCUAGAAAUCCUCGGCAUUGAUAAGCAACUCGAUCAAAAUAAAUUGGUCGAGUCGCGGAAACCGGCCGAAAGGAAAGCCGUCAAGAAGGCCUACCAAGAUGCACUGCACUACCAGAGUCAGGUGUCUGAUCUGGACGGUCAAGGACCCGAUCCAAUUAUUAAAAUAUUUUAAAUAAAUUAUAAAAAAUUAUUGUUUUAUUGUCUCUAUUUUUUUAUUUCUUUUCCGUUCUGUUAAUAGUAUUUAGAGAUUAAAAAACUUUAUUGAAAAUAAAAUAAAAACAAAAAAUAUUGUAAAAUUAAAAAAAUAAUAAA